AUGACGGUCCCCAAUGAGAGUUCUGAAGAUGUCAAUGACUUUCUUCAGCGCAUUCGGGAACUUGGCGAGCGCCGCGACAAGGAAGAUGACGAGCGCACCAAGAAAUUAGAAGAAGAGAUCCUACAGGGCCGCAAGGAAAGACAAGCCCGAAGAGCCGAGCGAGCACGUUCGAUAGCCCUCACUGACGACUCAUCUACACUGAAUAUUGCGCGAAUGAGCGCUUCCUCCAUCAGCCCGGGGUCUAUCAACCCUCCGGAACACCUCGAGCCAACACCGCAUACAGAACCCGAGUCCCCGAGAGGCGCGAAUUUGAGCGAAGAUACGGAAUCUGUGACAAACAACAGGCGUGGAUCAGUCCAGGAGCCCACGAUAGGGGUUUCCCCAACGCAGGUUUCUCCAACACAGAUACGGCCUCCUCUGUCCCGUAGCCGCGCGGGAACUCUGUCAUGGCAGCAACGUCCAACCUCGCGGGAUUUCGGCUCCAUGUCCCCCGGCUCAACAUCCCCCACUCGUUCCCCAACUCGCGCCAGCCAUCUGAGAAACCAUUCCACGGCCUCGGACGAUAGACCUCGCUCGCAAUAUGGGUUUCCACGACUGUCGAAGGAUCUUACAGGGGCUUCUCUAUCACCAGAACGAGGGGUGGACUCGGCAAAUCCGGAAAAAGAAGAACGGUCGGAUAACCGGGCAGAGUUGGAGGUGGGGCAUCAAUUGCCGGAGGUGAGCGACAAAUCGAGUGCUACACUAGAUAAACCUGAGGUUGUAGAUGGGAGACCAUCGUCGCCUCCGAGGACCGCUUCUCGAGACAGCAACAUGAGCCAUCGCUUCUCUGUAUCCUCUGUUUCGACCACUGGGCUGGGUUCGCCGGUGCAUUUGUCAGAGGCUCAGAAGCUGGAGCCUCCGCAGGCUGAUUCCUCCAUUGAAGAACCUGCGCUGUCUCCAACCCAACGGCGCAUGUCACCAGAGCGAGCUCGGUCCACAUCACCAACAAAGGGAAUGGGAGGCUUCGUUCAAAGUGCAAUGAUGAGAAGGUCAGAUAGUGUGUCAAAAAGGUGGAGUGCGCAGAUUCCGCAAGGGCUAAGCCGGUCGAAUUCCAUAAUUUCGAACCGCAGCAGUGUGGCGGGUCCAAGUAUGAGUGAAAUGGGCCCUCCAACUCUUUCCCGUCCUGGAAGAGACUCUUCAGCUCUCCCACCACGCCCCAACUCCAGCCACAGCGACGCACCCACAGAAACAACUGAACGACCAACAACACCUUCUGGACCCGCUAUCCUCGAUAGAGACAGUGUGCGCGCCGAAGGUAGUCCGAACAGAUCGUUCCGACCAAGUCACUCACGGUCUGCAAGUUCGGUCACCGCAGAUGGUGGAGACACGCAGUCGAGCCCGUUCGUCUCGAAAACAAUGGAUCCCCGACGUUGGAGCCCGAGCAAGGCAACUUGGCUGGAAAGUGCCCUCAAUCGGCCAGAGCUACCACGUCAAACCACCAGGCCUCCAUCGCAGCCUAACUGGGCCCGAGAUCGUCAAUCGCGGGGAAGUGUCGAUAUGGGACGUGUCAACAGUUUCAAAGAGGUGACUCCUGUUGGUCUGAUGCGAACUCCCCCACCGGGACUUCUCAAAAAGCCUGGCGUUUCUGGUCCGUCACUCCCUGCGAGCCCCGAUAAAGAAAUCGCACCAGAGUCUCCGUUGGGGUUCCCUCUCAAGAAGACCAGUAUUUCUGGCCCUUCGGUCUCUGGAAGCCCUGAUGGAAAAUUCAACGAGGCGACUCCUGCGUCUCCGUUAGGAUUCCCUUUGAAGAGGCCUAGCAUAUCUGGUCCCUCUGUUUCUGCAAGCCCGGAUAAUAAAUUCGAAGAGUCUGUCCCUGAGUCUCCUGCCGAAUUCCCUUUCAAGAAGUCGAGUCUCUCCCGAACCUCUACGUCCGAUUCUCUGUCAGACUUCCCAUUCAAGAGACCAAGCUCCUCCGGAGCUUCAUUAUCUGGAAGUCCCAAAGCCAAACCCAGGGAGACCAUGCCUGAUCCUUCAUCGCGCAUUUCCUGGAAAAAUUCCAGCAUCUCGAGUGACUCGAUUCCCGCAAGUCCCGGAAGCAUAUCGAAGGAUAUUGUUCCGAACUCUCCGUCAGUUCUCGGCGGUUCCAACGCGGGACAAACAGAUGAGGAUACACCAGCUACCCCAUCACACAUUGAGGAUACCCUUAGGGCCCUAUCUGGUGGUCAGCCGCCGGAAGAACACAAAGCUGAUACUCCCGUUGGAGUGGAAAGUGAAUCUCGAGAGCAGCAAGCGCCCACGGAGCCCGAAGUAACCGUUGAGCCCGAAGCGACACCUACCCGCAGAGACCCUCCCCAGUCUCUGGUCAGCCCUAAACCAAAUUUCUCUAUAUCUCCCUCAUCGCGGGUCAUCUCACCGAGAGUCAUCUCACCCAAGCCAAACCCAACCCAAUCUCCUGUCCUCGAUUUCCGGGCGAAACUCAAAAAACGCGAAGUCGUCAAGGACAACGGAGGCGAACAAGAACCAGAGUUCAAGAACGUGUUUGGCCGGCUCAAGAAGACGGAAACUCGCAACUAUGUUGCUCCCGACGAUCUCAAGGGUAAUAUUCUGCGGGGUAAAGCUGCCUUGAAUGCCACCGGCGGCCCGAAGAAGACCGAGCGCGUCGACGAGUUCAGAAAAAGUCUCGUCCAGCGGAAAGAUGAAAUGAAGGCAGGCGGAGGCUCGAUCAGGCGCAACACUGCAGGCGAGAAGGAUGCACCGGAGCCCGCUCAAUUCGUACCAGAAGCAAUUGCGAAGCGGCAGAACAUGAACAGGACCAACAGCAUAAAGCAAAAUCCUGUGGAUGAGCCCAUAUCACCCACCAAGAGUGUUGGCUCACGGGCAUCCCAGGACAUCAAGCCCUUCUCCCCAACUUCGUCCUUCAAGGAGAUAGGCUCCUCGCGAACUUCUCAGGAACAAGAGCCUUUGUCACCAUUCCCUACAGAUGAUGAGCCUGGUGAGCCAGUCUGGCCCUUAAAGAACCCCAGUGCCCCUGCUCCACGACUGUCUCAAACUCUGCAGCCAUUGUCGCCAUCGCCUGCCGCUGAGCCCGUUGAGAAGGAUGAGGUGGAGCUGGCCCAGGUGACGAGUGACUACCAGAACACUCCCGAGCUGAUUUCUUCUGCCCAAGAGGAGUCCCGUGAAGUCGCGGAACCCGUUGAGCCCUUCACAGAAAUGAAACAGGAGCCCUCUAUCGCCAAAACCCGUCCACUCCGUAAAAUGCCCCAGGCGCCCGUUACAGAUGCCACCGAGAGCCCAGUCCAAGCUGCGAAAAACAAGUUGGCAGGCCGAAUCAACCCUGCAUUGGCAGGCUUGCUUUCUCGCGGCCCACCCGCCCCCCAAACACCGACAAGGGAACUACCGACCGCAGUCUCUAAGCAAAACAACUCUGGCCCAUCCGCGCCCCUCGAACAUACCACAAAAGGCCGCGCUAGAGGCCCUAAGAGACGUCCUCCCCAGGCGGCUACUCUCUCGACUCCAUCCGUUCAGGAGGAUACUAAGGAGGUUGGUGCUAUUUCACACUCUGAAGCCACCCCAUCCCAGACUCCUGUAUUCCCUCUUGAGUCUUCGGACGACAAUUCGGAUCACCUCUCGCAGCUUGAUGAAGAUUCUGUUCCUGACACCGAUAUUCUUCGUGCAGAGAGCCCAGUAGCCGAACUACUACCCGCCGAGAAAUACUCUCCCGAGCAACUUCCUGCCGAGCAGCUCCCCAUCGAACAGUCUCUCGCCGAGCAAUUCCAUUUCGAACAAGAUCCCAUCGAACAGCCUUUCACCGAGCAGCUCCCUGUCAAACAGUCUCUCACUGAACAAUUCAGUUUCGAACAAGAUCCCAACGAACAGUUCUCCACUGUGCAACUCCCUGUUGAGCAGCUCGACAUUGAACAAGCUCCCACAAUCGACCAGUUCCCCAUCGAGCGGCCUCUCGCCAAGCAAAUUUCCGUCACGCAAUUGGAUAUUGAACAACCCUUCGUCGAGCAGCCUUCGAUUGAACACCCUGUCGCCGAGGAACUUCCCGCUGAGCCACUCGAUAUCAAGCAUUUCCCCAUUGAGCAGCCUUCAGUUGAGCCACCUCUCGCUGAGCGACUCCCAAAUGAGCAAUGUGAUAUCGAACAACUCCCUGUUGCGCAGCCGCAUAUUCAACAACCCCUCGCGGACCAACUCUCUGUCGAGCAACCUUCAACCGAGCAGCCUCUCGCUGAGGAACUUCAUAUUGAGCAGCCUUCGAUUGAGUCACUUCCCGUCGAGCAGCUGCUCGCCGAGCAACUUCCUGUCGAAAAAUUUCCUGUCGAGGAACUCGACAUCGAACAACCUCUUGCCGAGCAAGUUCUGGAAGUGAACGCUCCUCCCCCAGUCCCCCGCAAAAGUGAGCCUUCCAGCAGUGGAUUCCCACAGCCACUCCAAACUCGUUCCCUCACACCGGAUUCCGACACAUUUCCCUCCCAUAACCCAGAGGCCAUACAACGCGAUCCUGUAAGCCCUGAAGAACCGGUUCCAUCAAGCGGGCCACCUGUACCAUCGAAGUCCAGUUCUCCCAUAUCUAUGUCUCCCUCAACACCGAAGUCGAGAUGGGCCCAACAAAAUCGAUAUGCGUCGCCAUCGCCUUCGCCUCUCCGAACAAAUUACAAUGAGAACCGAAUGGAUUCGCCCGUCAGUCAGCGCAGCGUUCCCGGUGUAAAAGUCAAAUCAUCUCGGGAAUCUCUCACACAGCCCAUGAGCCAUCCCUCUCCGCCAGUGCCUCCCAAAGACAACGAUAUCACGCUCCAAAAGCCAGUUGACCCGCGUCGACUUUCACGAAAGAUGUCGGCCCCAUCAUUGGUUGCGCAAGCUGGCGAGGCUAAAGAGGUUAUUGCGGGCUUUUUCAAGACGUUCCCGAACCCCUCAAAGAGGAUGGACAUCGACCCUCAGACCAUGUUGAUGAACAAACAAGACGACUCGAAGAUUCGGACUGUGAAGUGUGACAUCUGGGAACUCACCGGUGAUGGCAGGCGUCAGGAACUUCCCUCUCACCAGCAGUACAUUCUAUACCAAGGAAGCAUGUAUAUCUGCGUACACGCAUACGAGAGUGGACGAAGCACUACUUCCGAGGUAUACCUCUGGUGUGGAGAUGAUGUUCCUGAUACUUCGGUGGACAGCGAGCAAGCGUACGCACGCAAGGUUUCCCGCGAGAAUAGCUCCAAGUUGCAGGUUAUUCGACAAGGUAAGGAACCCACACGAUUCAUCCAAGCCCUUGGUGGCAUCAUGAUCACUCGUCGUGGAUCCAGCUCCCGCCACAACUCAUCGGCUCUCUACAUGCUCUGUGGUCGCAAGCACCUGGGCCAGAUGACCUUCGACGAGGUGGAUUAUUCACUGCGUAAUCUGUGCUCCGGCUUCCCAUAUGUCAUCUCUGCGCCCUUCGGGAAGCUUUACCUCUGGAAAGGCAAAGGCAGCGGCCCCGAAGAAACUGGUGCCGCUCGACUAAUUGGCAUGGACUUGGGCCUAACAGGCGAAUUCGAAGAAAUCGCCGAAGGCGAAGAACCAGAAGAUUUCUUUGACGUAUUCGCAGGGCCCAAGGAGGCCGCGCCACACAUGUGUCAAGACUACUGGAAACUCAGGCCGAGAUAUAACCACUUCCGCUCUCGGCUCCUCCGCGUCGACCACGAGCUUGGCCAGCCCACUCGGUUCUGGAAUCUCCGCCGUCCCGGCUCCGGCUCGCCGGUCGUCAAGCCAAACGAUUGUGUCCAGGAGAUCGAGCCAUUCUGCUACCGCGACCUCACUGAGAAGGACGUCUACGUCUUGGAUACAUUCUUCGAGAUAUACGUGAUUAUCGGCGAGCAAACAUCACAGAAGUCCGCUGACUUCGCUUCGGCCGUGGUCUUCGCACACGAGUACGGUAUCAUGGCUACUUCACUUCAGGAUCGGCCGUUCAUUCCUAAAAGUUAUGUCGCACUAGGGGGUGUCCCCGAUCGCUGCCAGAGCGCGUUCCGCAAAUGGAACCCGCGCAAUCAUCAUGCGCCCUUCGUGUUUCCUCUAGAUGUUGUUCUCGAGGCGCUUCGAUCUCCUGGGGAGAAUGAGUGA